UGGUGGCCAUCACCAUCUUCGUCCAGAAGGACCAUGGUGGCCAUCACCAUCUUCAUCCAGAAGGAUCAUAGUGGCCACCACAUCAUAGGACCUCUUGGUCAAGCUCUUCCACCCAAUGAGGAGCCAAAGGUCUGGGCUGGAGCCAGGUCCUGGUGGCCUCUCAACUACCUUCUCCAUCCAUAGGUUCUCCAUCCAUUGAGGUGUCACCUUCUGGAGUCCAACCCCACCAAAGGCCACAUCCUGGUGGCCACUCAACCAUCCUCCGGCCAAUGAGGAGCCACGUUCUAUGGGUCAACCCCAUCCGAGAUGUCACUUGGGACCUUCUCAACCAUGGGCUGGUGUCCAAUGAGGAGCCACGUUUGGGAUCGGAUCCCAUUGGAGAUGCACCAAUUGACCAUCUUCACCCAGUUCCGGGCCCUGGAAUCCAUCAAGGAGCCACAUUUGGGAUCAGAUCCCAUUGGAGAUCAACCACCUUCACCCAUUCCCAUGUCCUGGAAUCCAUCAAGGACCCACAUUUAGGACCAGAUCCCUUUGGAGAUCAACCACCUUCACCCAUUCCCAUGCCCUGGAACCAUCAUGGAGCCACAUUUGGGACCAGAUCCCAUUGGAGAUCAACCACCUUCACCCAUUCCCAUGCCCUGGAACCAUCAUGGAGCCACAUUUGGGACCAGAUCCCAUUGGAGAUGCCCCAAUCAACCACCUUCACCCAUUCCCGUGGCCUGGAAUCCAUCAAGGACCCACAUUUGGGACCAGAUCCCAUUGGAGAUGAACCCUGGUACCAUCUUCUCCCAUUCCCAUGUCCUGGAAUCCCUCAUGGAGCCACAUUAAGGAAUCAGAUCCCAUUGGAGAUGUGUCCUUGCUGCCCUAUUGACCGUCUUCACCCAGUUCUAUGUCCUGGAAUCCAUCAAGGACCCACAUUUGGGAUCAAAUCCCAUUGGAAAUGUGUCCUUGGUGCCAUCCUCUCACAUCUCCAUGUCCUGGAAUCCAUCAUGGACCCACAUUUAGGACCAGAUCCCAUUGGAGAUGCACCAAUUGACCAUCUCCUUCCAUCUCCACAUGCUCAUAUCCAUCAAGGAGCCACGUUUGGCAUCGGAUCCCAUUGGAGAUUCAUCAUUUGACCAUCUUCUCCCAUCUCCAUGUCCUGGAACCAUCAUGGACCCACAUUUAGGACCAAAUCCCAUUGGAGAUGCCCCAAUCGACCACCUUUACCUAUUCCCAUGUCCUGGAAUCAAUCAUGGAGCCACAUUUGGGACCAAAUCCCAUUGGAGAUGCCCCAAUUGACCACCUUUGCCCAUUCCCAUGCCCUGGAACCAUCAUGGACCUACAUUUAAGACCAGAUCCCAUUGGAGAUCAACCACCUUCACCCAUUCCCAUGCCUUGGAAUCCACCAGAGACCCACAUUUGGGACCAAAUCCCAUUGGAGAUGCUCUUACCGACCACCUUUACCUAUUCCCAUGUCCUGGAAUCCAUCAUAGACCCACAUUUGGCAUCACAUCCCAUUGGACAUCAACUACUUUCUCCCAUUCCCACGUCCUGCAAUCCGUCACGGACCCACAUUUAGGACCAGAUCCCAUUGGAGAUGCUCCUACCGACCACCUUUACCUAUUCCCAUGUCCUGGAAUCCAUCAUAGACCCACAUUUGCCAUCAGAUCCCAUUGGACAUCAACCACGUUCUCCCAUUCCCAUGUCCUGGAACCAUCAUGGACCCACAUUUAGGACCAGAUCCCAUUGGAGAUGAACCCUGAUCCCACCUUCACCCAUCCCCAUGCCCUGGAAUCCAUUAUGGACCCACAUUUAGGACGAAAUCCCAUUGGACAUCAACCACCUUCUCCCAUUCCCAUGUCCUGCAAUCCAUCGCGGACCCACAUUUAGGACCAGAUCCCAUUGGAGAUGAACCCUGGUCCCCACCUUCACCCAUUCCCAUGGCCUGGAACCCAUCCGGGAGCCGCGUCUGGAGCUUCCUGGCUGCAAGCGGAAGGUUCCGGAGCGGCGCCGGGAUCAGGCGCGGGCGGAGGGAGCCUCUUCCUCCUCCAGCCCCACAUAAAAGGCCCCAGGACAAGCGGUGGCAGGAGAAGACGCGGCCGCAUCCGCCCGGGAGGAGCCGCUCCCGCCCCGCUCCCGGUGCUCCGGCAUGAAGAUCCUGCUCCUGAUGCUCCUGGCACUGGAAGCCACAGCCUCAAGAAACGUCCUAUGGGUGAUCGAGGGGACCUCCUGUGACCUGCCCUGGCAAGCUGCCCUCUUCAAAGGAGACAGGUUCAUCUGUGGUGGGACGCUGGUGGACAGGAACUGGGUGCUGACGGCCGCCCAUUGCCACGUCCCGGGCUUCAUCAACGUGCGGUUGGGUGGCCGGAGGCACAAGGACUCCGGUGGCACCGAGCAGAGGAGACAUUCAGCCAUGGUCUUCAAGUACCCGUGGUACAACGAGACCAACAAGGACGGUGACCUGAUGCUCAUCAAGUUCCACCUCCCCAUCCACAUCAACAAGCAGGUGAAGCCCUUGCCAUUGGCUUCCCAUUGUCCAGUGCCUGGCAAGACCUGUCAGAUCUCAGGAUGGGGGUCCACCACCAGCCCUGAAGUCACCUUCCCUGAGGACCUCCAUUGCACCAAGGUGACCAUCAUCUCAGAGGACCAAUGCCGGCGCAUCUACCCCGACUCCAUCACCCCCAACAUGGUUUGUGCUGGUGAAUCCCGGAGCCGGGCCGACUCCUGCCAGGGUGACUCCGGGGGACCUCUCAUGUGUGAUGGGCGUCUCCAAGGCAUCGUCUCUUGGGGUCCUGGUGUGUGUGGAGACCCCAAGAAACCCGGAGUCUACGUCAACCUCUGCAAGUACACACGGUGGCUUCAGGAGACCAUGAGAAGGAACUGAAAGCUCCCAACCCGGCCUCACACUGGCCAUGGGAUGGACCCACCAAGAGCUUCGCUUCCUCCUCCUCUUCCAUGACGAAGGUCCCCAGAGCCGGCCGGCCCGAGCGCUGGGUGAGGAGCAGGCAGGGGUUGACCACAAGGACCCUGUUGAGAUGUUGCUGGAUGAAUAAAGGGGUGUUGGACGUGGCUUUUCA